GAUUCGGUCGGUGGUCGUGUGGCUGUGUGUUACCGUCCGACCGCUGCCACCGUUGAGUGCGCUCCGCGUAUACCGUGCUUUAGUUACUUCUCGACGUUCGCGUUGUACGCUCGUUGGUUUGUUGGUUUAGCAGCGUCUGUGCUCACUGCAGAUUAUUUACGUGCGCUAAACGAUUCAGUUUCAGAUCGGUACGUUCGGUCGCGAUAGAGAAAUAUAGAUAUAGCGUGAAACCUUUUAUGGUAUAUGAAGCGCGCGUGUUUUUGGAGUGUAAAAGUUGGUAGAAGUGAAACGUGUAUCAGUACAAAAGAUUAGCGAAAAUAAAUUAUUAUUGUUUCUAAGCGGAAAAUAUUUUUGAUCACAUUGUGGCGAUCUAAGCGUUGGCGCUGCGCCAAAAAGAGCUGUCAAUGUUACUGUUAGCCGCCUCUGACAGUUGACACAUUAUCUGCAGGUGUUAUCUAUUCAAGUGACGAAGAUUGUGAAAAAAAAAUUGCACAAAAUUAUUGGAAAAAUGUGUUGCAGCUACCUAAUAAGAUUGGCAAAUUAAAUGUGAAACAUAAACGUGAAGAAAAAAUAUUAAAGCUUUGAAGUGACAGCAGCAACAACUACAGAGAACUGUCAAUAAAAAUGCUUAGAGAAGGUGACAGUGCAAAAAUAUAAAUUUAAAAAUUCGCAAAAAAUUGAAUUUAAAAAAAUUAGAAAAAAUUGCAAUAAAAAAAUAAUUCAAAAUUCUUAAAGACCCACAGCCAACCAAUAAGUCUGGCGGUUUGUGUUCCACCCAGUGUGUUACACAUUUGCGAAAAACCAAACAGCUGCGCGCACGCCUAUAAUCACGCGGCGUGCGUCCAUCACAACUGUCAAGUGCCAAAAGUGAAUUUCACACCGCGAAAAGGCUCGAAGCCUUGCUGCGAAGAUAAGACAAACGGGACAACGGGAAAACCCCAACACUUCACAUACGACGCAGCAGCUAGCAGAUAACAGCCUGCCUGUCUGUCUGCCUGCCUAGAGCCAUUGAGCACUUGCAUACUAUUUGGAGGCAGUGUAUGUAGGUGUGUGUGUGAACGAAAGUGCAAGUGCGUCAAGUGAAAUUAACAAAAGUGUCCGACAGCGUGUGCGUGCGUGUGUGUUUGAUUACGCUCGCAAAAAGGCCUGCAGCAGCAGCAGCCAAAAGUCAAGUCAAGUCAUUAAACCCUUUUUUGCCGGCCGCAAUACAAUAAAACAGCAGCAGCAUCCGCGCCGCCUUCUCGGCUCACGCGCACUAAUUAACACCAUUAAACAAAGCCUUUGUCGUCAGCGUCGCCGUCGCCGCAGUCGUAGUGUGCAUGUUAUUAUAAUUGUUGGUGUAAAGUAAACAUUCCUUCCGUCGCGUGGUGUAUGUGUUUUUAAGUUGCACUAGAAAAGCUGUUGCUUCAUUCCAUACGCGUUGCAUGUCAAAGUGUGCACGCCGAAAACAAAAAUAACAACUACACACACAUUCAUGGUCAACGUUGUCAGCCCACUCACUUAAUUACGAAACACUAGGGCUCAUCGCCUAAAAGUAGGCUAUUAAUUUGCGUGAAAUUAGCGCGUCAACGCGCGGGUGCAUGCAACGUCAACUGUUGCCUCUAGUAACCCAACAACAAAAUUCGUGUUUGAAACAACAACAAAGUCCUUGCAUUGCAAAUACUACAUGUGUUUGUGUGUGAUUUCCUUUAUUCCCAAAGUGUUUCAUGUGCAACGCCGUCGGCAACAACUACAGCAACAAAUUCACUUACUUACAUAGUAUAACUAAGUUAUAGUUUAGAUUACAAUAUAGUUAAUAGGCGCAACAAGAGUGACAAGUGCAUUAGACAGCGUCAAAGACAACAACAAUAGCGGCAUAAUAAGCGUUAGCAGCAGCAGCAGCAGCAAUAACAACAACAAACUAGUAACGCACGGCAAAUUUGCCUUGCCACAGCGGCGGCGUGUUAAGCGAAAGCAACAAAAUUUUAACCGAAUUAUCGAAAACGCCCCUUAGGGCUGUCGCGCUGGCGUCAUUUCUGGGCGACGGUUUUGCCGCGCUCGGUUCAAGAACACCAUCGGUUAAGGAUCUAAUGGCGUUCGGAUCGGUUUUACACAAUAAUCAACAUAAUAUCGGACGCAGUGAACCGCCCGUUGGUGUUGGUGAUCCGUGUGCGGGUUGCAAUAAGCCAAUAUUAGAUAAAUUUUUAUUAAAUGUCCUUGAACGCGGAUGGCAUGCAUCCUGCGUACGCUGCUGUGAAUGCCUUCAACCGUUAACGGAAAAAUGCUUUAGUAGAGAAUCGAAAUUAUAUUGUAGGAAUGAUUUUUUUCGACGCUAUGGCACAAAAUGCAGUGGCUGCGGUCAAGGUAUCGCUCCCUCCGAUCUCGUACGUAAGCCGCGCGACAAAGUAUUCCACCUCAAUUGCUUUACAUGUUGCAUCUGCCGCAAACAGCUCAGCACUGGCGAACAACUCUAUGUGCUGGACGACAAUAAAUUCAUCUGCAAGGAUGAUUAUCUGCUGGGUAAAGCGCCUGGAUGUGGGCAUAAUUCACUGAGCGAUUCAUUAAUGGGUUCGGCGAGCGAAGACGAAGAUGACGAUGAUCCGCCACAUUUGCGUGGUCCACCGCUCGGCCUAGGCGUAUUGGGACCAAAUGGACCGGACUCAGCGGGUGGACCAUUGGGAGCAUCCGAUAUCUCAGUACAAAGUAUGAGCACGGAUAGUAAAAACACGCAUGACGAUUCCGAUCAGGGUUCCUUAGAUGGCGAUCCUGAUGGUCGUGGCGAUUCGCAAGCGGAGAACAAGAGUCCUGACGAUGCGAACGGCUCGAAGCGACGCGGCCCGCGAACGACGAUAAAAGCCAAACAAUUGGAGGUACUGAAAACGGCAUUUAAUCAAACACCGAAACCGACACGGCACAUUAGGGAACAAUUGGCCAAGGAGACGGGGCUGCCGAUGCGUGUGAUACAGGUUUGGUUCCAGAACAAACGUUCCAAGGAGCGACGCAUGAAACAAAUCACCAGCAUGGGCCGUCCACCGUUCUUUGGCGGUGCGCGUAAAAUGCGCGGCUUCCCCAUGAAUCUCUCACCUGGUGGUCUGGACGACGGGCCUGGUUUCCCUUAUUUCGCGGCUGAUGGCAAAUUCGAAUUUGGUUAUGGUGGUCCACCGUUUCAUCCGCAUGAUGGGCCAUUCUUUCCAGGACAUCCGGGUGGACCAAUGCCGUUCAAUACACCAGGUAGGUUUUGCGGUCCCAUGGAUCACACCGGCCCCAUACCGAUGGUGAAUGAAUUUGGUCUCACACCCGAAUCGCAAUUCCUCAGUCAAGCUGGUGGCCCACCAAUGAGUAUACAAUCGGCUGGCGGGCCACCGCCACCACCUGAACAUCUACUGGCUGCGCAACAACAAGCACAACAACAGCAAGUGCAACAGCAACAGCAGCAACAACAACAACAACCGAAUGGCCCGCGCUCCGCAUCACCGGAAUUCCUGACAGCGGCGAAUUUCAGCGAACCAUCGAAUAUGCAAAACGAAGGACUGGUUUGGUAAUAUACAAAACAAUUGGCCAAUCGCCUGCUGCUGCUGAAGACAUUGAGCGCACAACAACAACACCAUCAGCAACACCAACAACAACAACAGCAGCAACGACACCACGUGCAAUUGCAAUCGCAGUCAUCACCAGCGUCUCUGCUGCCACCACCACCAGCAGUCGCUGCAGACACAACAACAACAACCGCAGCGGCGCAAGCAGAAGCGAUGGCAGCGCUGUUGCUCUCGAAUGAACAGCAACUGGAACAACAACAGCAACAGCUGCAAGAACCGCAACUGCAAUUGAAGCAAGAAGUGCUGCCGCCGGAACAAUUGGAGCUGCUGGAACAGUGGUGAUGCAGACGCUGGCAGCAGAAUGCGACGCAACGGAGAAAACAAAAUGGCGGCGCAUAUCUAAAUGCUUUUCUUUUGAGCAAAAUUGCGGCAAUGUAAAUUAUAUUGAAUUGAGAAAAAAUACUAGCAAAUAUAUGUUACACUGGUGUGAAAAAAAGCAGCGCUCCUCGAAAUAGCCAGCCGAAAAAUGGCCAAAAAUAAAUUUAAUUUAUUUUCUAUGCGAAAAAGCACAAAUAAAAAGCGCUGCAGCUAGCUAAUAGUUAUACAAAGAACAACAACAAAAACAAAUCUUUCCCCACAACAACCACACACACAAGCAUCUAAGCUAAGCCUAUUUGUAUUUUGUGUAUAAAACAAAGCAAAAAAAAAACAACUUUCGAUAAUCCUGAAAAGCAUAAAUUUGUGGCACUUAAAUGAAAAAAUAAAAAACAAAAACAAAAUCAAGCAGAAAAUUAAAUAUAUAAACAGUUAUAUAUUUAAAAAAUUAAAUUAGUGAAUAUGUAAAAUGAAAUCAAAACACAGCAACCACUUUGAAUGUGCAACAAAAAAAAAAGAAAUUUUUGCUAAAAUGUACCACAAAAGCAAGCUUAUUUUUAUCCUUAAUUUUUUUGUUAUCUUUCCUACUUUUUCUUAAAAAAAAAAUAUGUUGUCAAACAACGCACCCCCAUUAUGAUGUAAAAAAAACUUUUCCUUAACUUAAUUUCGAUUUUAUAAUGAAUGUUUGUAUGUAUGUAUGUCUGCAAUUUUUAUGCUCUCCACUGCACACCAAUUACUAUGUAAACCUUCUUUAUUUUUUCGUUCAGUUAUGUAUCUUAUUUA